AUGUCAACAAACGAUGGCAAGCCAGUCGUACUUUUCAAUUUGACCCAGUUCGCUCCUCAGACCUGUGAAUAUUUUGGUUUAUCAGUGAGCUCUAAAGGUUUGUUUCACAAUGAUGAUCCUUUCGAUCAUCCUCUUCCAAUUCUUCUCUUGGAGCUCGGGAGUGCUAUUCUCAUGAUGGCGAUCCUCCGCCGCAUUCUCAAGCCUCUCCAUCAACCUAGAUUCAUUGCAGAGAUGUUGCCGAUACUAUUCAAUAUCAACCAACAUAUGACAAUAGCACCCAACAUUGAUACAUAUCUGGAUAGCCCUUCAAUUCUUCAACAUUUCAAUGGAGGACACUUCUACAAAAAGCUAUUCACCUUCAGGCAAUCACAACUGAUGCACUUUAUGGAAUACCUAAGCUAUGGAAUAUACGGAUACAUAGUCGGAGUCCGUACAGAUAUGGGCAUAAUGAAGGCUUCCGGCAAGGUCCCAUGGAUGAUCGGCUUCCCUGUCGCCGCCCUUCCCACCGCAUUAACUUACUCUGUCAACAUCCUCCUCGAAAAAUUUUAUUCAAUCAAAUCACAUUCAGUCAAAUCACAUCACCUCACCGGGAUCUGCCCACUCGUCUCCUCGUCUUCUUUCCACGUCACCUCCAUUCGCCUCGACGACCUCAACCUCCUGAACUCCGAGAUGGGUCGCCUCGCUCUCUCUUCCUCCCUCGUCUCCUCCCUCUGCAGUUUCAUCUUCAGAAUUAUCUCCAAUUACAAGUACUACGCUGAAUGGCCCGGUCUCAACCUCUCGGUGAUGGAAUACGCUGGGAGGCAGUCAGGCAGAAUCAUCCUCACACUUUUCAUAGUCUUCGCGGUCCGGCCAGUGAUGUUCUGGAUGAUAAGUAAAGUCCCCGAAGGGAAGAACAUAAAGGAAUCGCACUUCUUCACCAUGGUUGUGAUGUUAUUCGAAUGGUGCAAAAACUUAGCCUAUAAUUAUACCGUUGCAGCAGUGAUGAUCACCAUGAGUGCAUACUUGGGGAAGCUUGUGGCUGCUGUAGUUCCAAUGAGGUUUUGGGGGUAUGCCUUAUAUCCUCUAGAGCACACAUUUAUGAUCCUUCAAAAAAAUACAUCAACUACAAAAGGAGGACACUCUUACCACUCUAGGCAUGAACAUGAGCUUCGAAUGCUUGUAUGUCUUCACGAAGAAGACGAUGUUUUCAGCAUCAUGAACAUCCUGAAAGCCUCUUAUCCCCACAAAAAGAGACCUGUCGAAGCUUUUGUUCUCGACCUGAUGGAGCUCAUUGGCCGAGAAAAUCCACUCCUCAUCAACCACCAGUUGCGUAAAGUUCGCUCGUCCAUGCUCAACCGAACGAACCGCAUCAUCACUGCCUUCCAUCAAUUUGAACACCCCAAGGGGAUCAAACACCAACACUUCACUGUCAUCGCACCUGACGCUUCGAUGCACAAUGACAUAUUUGUCGACAAGAAGAUAGUUAUGUACUGGAGAUCUGAUUGUCACAACGAGAUCAAAUUCAAUGUUUGUGUGAUUUUCCUAGGAGGACCAGACUCUCGUGAGGCACUAGCCCUUGGUAUGCGCAUGGUUGAGAACCCUGCCAUUAGGCUUACCGUCAUUCGACUGAUUGCAGAAGAUGAUUUCAUCACCGAUUUGUUGGAGACUAAGCUUGAUGUAAGAGCAAUCUUCAAGCUUGAGAAUUUAUAUAAAAAUGACAACGGUAUUCAGUAUAGGGAAGUGAUUGUGAACGACGGAACUAACACAAUGGAAGUGCUCCACUCUCUUGAUGAUCAAUAUGACCUCAUAUUAGUGGGAAGAAGACUUGACAUUGAAUCCCCACUGGUGGCCGGACUCGCCGAUUGGAGUUUUGUCCCAGAACUAGGAAUCAUCGGAGACAUACUUGCA